CAUAUUUAUAGCUCUUUCAAAUUCCAGAUUCAAUGUUGUUGAUGGUUUUCUUUGUUCUUAGAUCUAUAAAGAUUUUACUUACCGCUAUUUAUUUCUUUUCCAUGUCUCUGUCACACAUCUAAACCUCUUUUUUUUUGUGCAGGGAACGAUCUCAGGAAGGAUGGUGUAAGAGUUUUUCUCAGUCACCCACUUUAGAUACAUCUAUUCAUUUUGAACUUUGAAUACACAUCUCAUUCUCUCCUUCAUCCUAACCCUAACCCUAGACACAAUGGUAGAGCCACCUACUGGACCAUUCACGCCCGAGCUCACACCCAUAACCCCACAUCUCAUAUCAAGCACCAAUACGACUACUCUCUAUACCGACUCCUCUGCCAUUCGUCUCUCUCUAAAGCGCUCCAACCCGCCGCCGCCCUCCGUCACCAACAUUUUACCAGUCACGACACCACCUUUAACAUCAAUGAUAAGUGCACCACGAUCAUUGUCUUCUUCAUCUCUCUAUUCAUAAGAAAAACCCUAACCAUGUAUGUGUGUUUACAACUCCGAAAUGAGAGGAAAUGAAAAGACGAACCCAAAUAAAAACUUGGUCGGCUAGAGGGGAAGAUUAUGGACAUUUAUCAGAUGGUCUUAGUUUGCUGGGAUUUUUUAAGGGAUCAACUCUUUCUGCUUUCUUGGUUGGUGGACCUUUGGGUUGUGGUUUUGUUGGUUGUUCAGAGAGAGUGUCAAAUUUUGUUGCAAGUGGCUGGUGGGACUCAUUUCAUGUGGCUACUAAUUGA